AAAUAUCGUAAUCGUAGUAUUCCCCGACUACGGUACGUAMUCAGUAUUCACAAUAAAUUUCGAUGAUUUUUUAUUGCUAGGGAAUGAAUUCACAUUCGUUACAUCCAAGAGGAAGAUAUCAUUAAAACUACUGCCAUGAGCAGGAUGGUGAAAACGGUUGCUAAUGAUCUCUCUUAUUCGUCGAGUGAUGGGGGCUUUGAACCUGGGAGUGAUGAGCUUGAUCGGCCAGAAUCAGCCUCCCCAUUCUUAGAAGCAGGUAGUGAUCUCCUUCGAAAACUGUUGGUUCAGUUGACUUUGAAUGAUUCACCUCCUUCCAAUGAUUACAAUGAUACUAGAGAUGCUACGAAGGAAAUGAGGCAGCCACCCCCACCGACAGAAUCAUGGUCAGAAACCGAGAUUCAGAACAAAAGUAAUGUAAGCCUCAAGCAGCAAGGACACAUUUCGCUCGCAAAACUUUGUACAUCGGCACUCGAGAMCCUUGAGCAACGCACAUGCCAAGCUCACAAGCACGACAUUUCAAGAAGGAAAAAAGAGAACGCGCAUARARACACUAAAAACAWUUCUUCAGAGAAAAAGACACAACCGUUUCAUUGGAAAAAAACGAAGAAUAAAAAGAAUUCUCAUCAAUCAAAAGGAGAAUCCUGGAAUAGUGAUUCUUCGARCUCUGAUUUUCGAGAAGGACGCGAUGCUUCUGAAGCUCGACGCGAUGAAAAMRAAUUCACCCCACGACUCCAAAUGUUUGGAUCUGAAUAUGCCAGGUAUCUCUCCACGACACCUCUCGCUCCCAAAGAUGCUUCAAAUCAGUCUUCGAGGCGAGCAUUUUCUCGUCGAACUUUGAAGAAUAGUCUCCAGAAUAUCGAGGAUGCAGAUGCACAAGUUCAGUCUGGCCCUAUCACCGAUAUUAUUGUUAUUCGAGGCGACGAAAAGCCACCCAAAGGGUAUUUUCGAGUUUCUCAGAGUCUAAGUGGAAAGCCUUUUCGUAUAGAAGACCGGAAAGCAACAUUUUUUCUAUGUGUGAAGAAAGAAAGAAAUUGGGAUCGAGCUGCGCAACGCCCUUGCGUCACKGCGGUGUCAAUCAUAUUUCCAGAUCGAAAGGAGUUUGUUCCACCAGGAUUUAGCUUGGUUCGUUCUCCCAAAUUGGAUGCUACAUCUUCGGCACAACCUAUUAAUUUUAACGAGGGAGGAAGUGAGCCAGUAUAUUUUUGUUUCCGAAGGUCCAGAGAAGGGAAUCCUCUCACUGGAAUAAUUCCACUUCUUCCUUCAAGACGUGAACUGAUCCCUGACGGGUACACGGUCUUAGAGCGUAGUCCCAGAAACUUUGUCGCUACUUUCCGUUCUUCCAAAGCUCCAGUUUUUCUUUCCUACAGACAACGACUUGCAAAUUUAGAGUUAUUACGUCCGCCGCCAUUGGUUAUGUCCAUGUUAAAUGGAAAUUCAAAAGUCAUCCGUCUUGAAUCAUAUUAUUGCACCGGAGGUACAGUCGUAAAAAGUAAGGUUGGGGGUUUCCAUAUCAUGGAUAGAUCCACACAUUCGCUACUGAGUCCAAGUUCGAUCAAACAUCGAUUGACCCUGAUCGAAUUGUCCCGGCGCAAAACUUGGGAAUCCAUUUCAGAGCAUCCCAACAUCGUUGGUGCGAAGUAUUCCUAUUCAGAUACGUCUUCGGUGCGAAGUACACCAUCUUCGUCGAAUAUACUUCCAAACGGAUCUGAAAUCUCCGAACAUCGAACCAUCAUGUCAGAUUCAGAUCGACAAUCUAGUGUUGCAGAUUUUGAAUCAGUCACGUCAUCAUCAGAUAUUGAUGGAUCCUUUUCCUCUUUUACAACACAAGAGACUCGAACAAGUGUGAGAAUGAGUGAGUCGUCAAAGUCGAAAGAACCUUUGACUCUCGAUGCACACAAGGAUCUGCAUAGAUGCCUAGAGGCGUURAGUUUUAUUCCAAAGGUUUCAACAGGCUUUCGCGGAACUGGUUCCAUUGAAGCUACUACUACUUUUGAAGCCAGAACUUCAAUUUUGUUACCGAUAUUGACCUCAUGCUAUACCAAGCAUGGUGGGUCAGCUUUCUUAAGUAUCACGGGACUAACAGAUUUACUACRCCAGGAUUUCUACGCGGAUGAUAUUGAAAUGUCGCAAGAUCCCUCAGCUCGAACAACCCUUCUAGAUCUAUCAAUACAGGUCGCAUGUGACGUAGCAACGAUGGGGGCGCAAGAAGCCCAACUCCACGCUUGCGUAGAAUUUGUUGAGGAAKCUAUAAAAUUCGGUUGCGGAUACUUGAGCACAAGAAGCAUUGGGUAUGUGAUUCGAUUCUUCCUAUUUGUGUUUCACUUCGGUAUAAGUUCUCCGUCAGGUAACUGGGGAAUUGUCAGUGCUUCUGACCAGUAUCUUCUUGAGGAUAUACGGUGUAGCAGAGACAAAUGGACACUACCUGGUGGUGCACCUCAAUCUGCCAUUCUCGCUUUAAAAGACUUGAUCGUAUUUAUGAUUGCAAGACUGGGAUCUCAAGUUCAUUUUGAUCAGUGCUCUCAUCAAGAGAUAACCAACAGUAAUUCAAACAAUGCUACAUGUCCGCAUUUCAACUUUAUCGACACGUUACUCAACAAGGUUGUGGAUGAUUCAGUUUUCCGGGUAGAYAUUGCUAACUUYACCGAAUUGGCUAUGCAUCAAAUUAUGAGAUCGGGCGGAAGCGAACUUUUUUGGUAUGAAAUGAUUAAUUUAUGUGGAUCCGGCCUGUUUGGUAGCGACACAAUGUUACGCGAACAAACACGACACAUGUACGCCAUUUGUUUCACUCUCUUGGCAAAUUGUGUCAAGAAUGCGUCGUCAAAGGUUCGGAAAAAUGAGAAAUUCGAGGGAUAUCCGAGAGACGUUGCAAACAAACUAAUGUCGUUGGARAUGCUCAAGUUUUUCCUGGAAAAAUGGGAGAGAGGAGUUGACUCGCAAGAUAUUGCAGGAUCUCAUUCAAAUAUAUCAUUUGCAUUUUGUAUCCGACGUCUUGUCGUUCCAUGUCUAUUGACGAACACAUCAGAUGCAUUGUCCGAUCCACGAAUUUUUCGAAGACUUAUUCAGAUAGUUGGAGUUYUGUGGUGCUCUCCUUUUUACAGAAAACACAUGAAACUUGAGAUUGGAAUUCUCUUCGACCAUUUUGUUCUGAAGCUUUUGAAGCUUGGUCCACAAAUUCUUUUCAAAUCGAACGAUAGCAAGGAUACRCCGUAUAUCUUUGCUCAACAGCUCGAACUCAUGAAAGAAAUCAAGAAUUGGUUUAGCGGCGAUACAGAUCGAUUGCUUGAACUUUAUCUCAACUUUGAUUCUGAUUACGGCACGCAUCAAGUCGGAAGAAGAGCAAAGGCGUUCCUUCCAGAUCUUGAAUGGAAAGUAUCCGAGCAGCUCUUUUCUCUAUUGUGCAAUAUCUCAGAAGAUUGCACAGAAUUCCUCGGGGACAAAAUUGAAGCUAGCCACUCAUUCUCUCCUAUCAAGAAGUUAUCCAAGGAGGACGUAAAUAAUAAUGAUGGUUAUGAGGGGUUAAGUGUGAAUACGCUGGCGAGGGAAAGUGCACGACGAUUAAGACAAGGAGCUCUGGAUGCUAUUUCUCUAAUCGUCAAAGGACUUGCAUUGAGUGCAGCGGAAUCUCUUGGUGGAGAAUUUGUAUCUAUUACAGAAGCUUGGUAUUAUGGACAAAAAUACACUAACAAUGGUAAAGUAAGGGUCCGUGAAACGAAUCGUGAAAUGAGCGGUAGCAAUUUCAGACGCGAUUCUGCCCUCGUAGUAAAUUAUUGGAAUAAGCUAGGAGGUACGAAGAUUAAGAACGACAAUCACGUGAAGGCACUUGAUUCGCAUGCUACUAUUCCAGAAAGAAAUAACGCAAUGAGAAUUGCGAUAAUCAUAUCGAAGGAGAAAGGCCUCCGGAAAGCCAUCGAAUAUUUGAUUGCUUGUGAUGUUCUAACGGCUUCUCCACGAGAGAUUUCUUCAUUUCUUCGAGUGCAUUGCUCGGAUUUUGAUGCCUCAAUCCUUGGAAAAUAUUUAGGAGUGGGUGGCUCAGAAUUCGAGAUGGAAUUUKGRAAUCAAAUCCGAUAUAACUAUAUCCGAGCAACGUCGUUCGUUGGAAUGACAAUAGAGGAAGGGUAAGUAUGGAUAGUCAUUGCAGCUAUACUUGGAUACAAUGCACCAGACUCACAUCGGUCUUCAAUUUUUGAAUAUUUCACAAAGUCUUCGCCAUUUGUUGACCGAAGGUGGAUUCCGUCUUCCAGGUGAAGCUCAGCAGAUUGACCGUCUGAUUUCAACCUUCGCACGGUGCUACUGGGAAGACAAUAUUGGCGACCAAAUUCACUGUCCAGUUGAUGACAAAGAUACGAUAUUUUUGAUUUCCUUUGCCAUAAUUAUUCUGAACACGGACCUUCACAAAUCAUCUCAUUCAUUAUCGGGGGGAAAAAGAAGAAACAAGCUCAAGAAAAUGACAAAAGAUGAAUUUAUCACGAACAUUCAAAGGGCGAACAAGGGCAAAGAGAUUAACAAAGAAUACUUAUCAAAAAUUUAUGACGGUAUUGAGAGYAACCCAAUUGCGCUGCAUGCUCAAAUCGACGACGAUAACGACUUGAGAGAYCUAGGAUCUACAGCACWUUUGAAAAAAUCUAUUGGCCUGAUGAACAAAAACGUAAAGAAUUUGGAUGCCUUAUUACGUGGAUUAGCGAUACACGAGUAUAAAUACUUUCCUUUGAAAGAUUUCAGUGCUGAGGUUGGAAGUACUGUGGAUGAAGCCAAAUUAUGCCUGGCAAGAUCGAUAAUGACGAAAAGCUGGCACCAAGUACAUGGACUCAUCAAYUCCGCCCUGAAAAUUGCCCAYUUAGACCCGAAAGCCUUGGAAUCUUGCAUCGAUUUGCUGAAAUUUUCUCUUUGUCUGACAAUUCUGCUAGAUAUGCCAAUCAAACAAAGUGCUUUUCUCGAUCAGCUGGGCCGAUUCCGUCUUUUCAAUACAUCGCAUAAAGRAAGCGGAAGUGGGCGUUCCUUCGCAUCAUCGUUUAAUGACCAYGAGAGCUAUAAAAAAGAAAAGUGGUACAUGGUAAUGAAGCGUAACAUCCACUUGAACAAAGAGGAAUCAUUCCAACCAGAAMUCAGAAAGGAAAGAGUUUCCAAUAAAAAAAUUGAAAGUUUGCUACUGUUGAACAAUGUGGUAGACGAGAUGGGGAUGAACAAGACAGCACAUGUUGCUGAUGCUGCUCGACGCAGGAUCAUGAGAGACGUUACCCGUCGUAUCGAGAACGCAGAAUUCCUUUUGAACGAUCCAACUCGAAGCUUUCUGAGGGAAGGGGACAUCAUGAAACGAGCUAAUCGAUCAGGAAAAGAUGUAGAAUAUCGAUUCUUUCUGUUCUCUGACAUCUUGAUCUAUAGCAAAAAAAUCAAACGUUCCUCGGCUAAAUUUUCUGCGUCGUCUCCGAUCAAAUAUCGAAUCCACGAAGAGCUACCCUUAAUWAUGAUGAAGGUAGUGGACUGGUUCCCACCAGCCAUGAAAAAGGAAGAAUCGACGCGAGCCAUUCAGUUCUAUCACCCUCGUAAGAAUUUCUUAGUACUUUGCAGUUCUCGUGACGAACGCAAUAAAUGGGUGAAGGACAUUCGUCAAGCCAUCGACAAGGAGCUCAAGCGCAAGAUAGGUAUCGAAAAUGCYCGGAAGGCUGCGAACAGAUUCGUUUCAAAAGGCAAUACCAUCAGUGGAAACUUGUCCUCGAAUCCCGACCCAACUCCCAAAUCAUGUUUGAAUCCAUUUUCUUAGAAGGAGUUUUCGGAUUAUYAGYAGAGAAAAUUGAACUGAAUGCCAAGAGGGAAAUAGUCUCUAAWCGAAUGGCUCGCAAUAACUAAURCUCUGUAAU